CCAAAGCAGCCCUGGAAAUACAGUUCAAAAUUGAAGGACAAGCGCACAUAGCAAAUCUAAUAAAGAUGCCCCCAAAGCGCAAACGCCGAUAGCUCCGAUUCAAACAACAACGAACACUUCAGGCUGUACGAGAAAAUUAUAUGUGCGAGGAUAUUGAAACUGGAUCAAACAAAAAGGACAAAAACCAAAUAAAAGCUGAAUACUCUAGGCUUAUAAAAGGCAAAGUGACGGGCAAAGAGCAUUUUAUCGAAAAUGCCUUCGGAACAGCACACAAAUAUAAAAGUGGCGGUUCGUGUACGGCCCUACAAUGUCCGGGAAUUGGAGCAAAAACAGCGGAGUAUUAUCAAGGUCAUGGACCGAUCGGCACUACUGUUCGAUCCCGACGAGGAGGACGAUGAGUUCUUCUUUCAAGGCACCAAACAACCAUACCGCGAUAUCACCAAGCGGAUGAACAAAAAGUUGACCAUGGAAUUCGACAGGGUCUUCGAUAUAGACAGUUCUAACCAGGAUCUGUUCGAGGAGUGCACGGCGCCGCUGGUCGACGCGGUGUUAAAUGGAUACAACUGCUCGGUAUUUGUAUAUGGAGCCACUGGCGCCGGAAAAACAUUCACAAUGCUGGGCAGCGAGGCUCAUCCGGGUCUGACCUAUCUCACCAUGCAAGAUCUCUUCGAUAAGAUCCAAGCGCAGAGCGACGUGCGCAAGUUCGAUGUGGGGGUAUCCUAUCUGGAGGUGUACAACGAGCAUGUGAUGAAUCUCUUAACAAAAUCGGGACCUUUGAAACUCCGCGAGGACACCAAUGGUGUUGUGGUCAGUGGUCUUUGUCUAACGCCCAUCUACAGUGCCGAGGAGCUGCUGAGAAUGCUGAUGUUGGGCAACUCUCAUCGCACCCAGCACCCCACAGAUGCCAAUGCAGAGAGCUCCAGGUCGCAUGCCAUAUUCCAGGUGCAUAUCAGAAUCACGGAGCGCAAGACCGACACUAAAAGGACCGUCAAACUAUCCAUGAUCGAUCUGGCGGGCAGUGAGAGGGCGGCCAGCACAAAAGGCAUUGGAGUGCGGUUCAAGGAAGGCGCCAGCAUCAACAAAAGUCUAUUAGCUUUGGGAAAUUGCAUCAACAAGCUAGCCGACGGCUUAAAGCACAUCCCGUACCGCGACUCGAACCUGACACGCAUCCUGAAGGACUCGUUGGGCGGCAAUUGUCGCACGUUGAUGGUGGCCAAUGUCUCGAUGAGCUCACUGACCUAUGAAGACACCUACAACACCCUCAAGUACGCUAGCCGAGCUAAGAAGAUACGUACAACUCUGAAACAGAAUGUCCUUAAGUCCAAGAUGCCCACCGAAUUCUAUGUGAAGAAGAUCGACGAGGUGGUUGCCGAAAACGAGCGACUCAAAGAGCGCAACAAGGCGCUGGAGGCCAAGGCCACUCAGUUGGAGCGCGCCGGCAAUAGUGGAUUCGAUCCGGAGGAGCUUAAGUCGUGGUACAGCAAGAUAGACGCUGUAUAUGCGGCCGCCCGGCAACUUCAGGAGCUUGUCCUUGGGAUGCGUAGCAAAAUUAAGAACAUCAACUACCGGCAGACCCUCAAAAAAGAACUGGAGGAGUUCAGGAAGCUGAUGUGUGUCGACCAGCGAGCGUGCCAGGAGGACUUCCGGCGCUUUGCGAACUACAUGAGCACACUGACCAGCCAGAUGGAGAAGUACAAGGAGGAGUUGCCCAGCUGGCUGAGUAAGAUGGAGAGUGCCUACCAGGAUCUAGAGAGCCUAAAGCGGGAGGUUAACAAAUCCAAGGCCUAUCAGAUACUAAUUGUAUACGUCAAGUACAAGGAUCUCGAGCUGCAGCAGACCAAGCAGAAUAUCUUCAACAAUCACGUGAAUGCAAUUAACCAGGAGCUGGUUGAGAACUUGGAUCUGAUGCGAAAGUCCUUCCGAACAGCCUGUGAGGUGCUCAACCAGACGUACGACCGCCUGGAGGAUGGGCAAAAGCUGACGCCGGAGAUUGAGGCGGUCUUCGAAAGGUUGCUGCGAAAGAUGCGGUUCGCCGACUCUGAGGCCAACACCAAAAUGACCGAGAUGGAUCAGCUGGUGGUGCCUCAAGUUCUGCGCAGCGACCAGGAGGAGAAAGAUCCCUCUUGCAGCCAGACAGCCAGCGCCAAAAAGCGACAAAAGCAAACGGCCCAGAGCGACGACGAUCUGCAUUUGAGCAUGGAGGACUUUGACAGCCAGGACACCGGAUCAGAUUCCGAAGAGCUACACAGGACCUUUAAGAGGCCACGAAAUCUCAACGAAACGCAGGUCCUGGGUCUCGCAAGCAGUACAUCCAGCAGCAGUAGCGCAAGGCAGGCUCUCACGGCGACGGUCACCAAGCCGAGAAACGUCCAAAAGCGACUGGUCAGCGAUCUGAUAUCCGAGCAGAAUGUGCGCGGUGGCAAUGACAAGAUCAAGAAGGCUCUACUCAAGUCCAAUCACUUUACGGCGCAAGGACUUCAGAGAACGUUGGCUGCUGCUUCUUUGGCCAAGGAAAACGUUAAAUACAACGCUAACUAUGUGCGCAAGAGUCCACGAGCGCUAAUGGCCAAAGCCCUUGCUGGCACCUCAACGCUUACGAGAAAACCACUUGGAUCGGCCAGUAAGGAGCCGCCCUUGGUCAAAUUCAAUCGAGCUGCCUCGUUCCGCCUGAAGAAGUAGGAACUUGAAUUCUAUCAGUUAGUUUCAACUUGUGUUUGCCUUGAAGUAACAACUCUUCCGCCCGGACCGAGACAGAUUCAUGUUCAAAUUAACCAUAGCUAUAACCAUAGGUAUAGAUAGAACACUAACCCCUCCAAACCUUUAGCUUGUUCGCAUUUCAAUUUUCAGUUUUGACCCAUUACUUAACCUUGAAUUUAUUUAUGUAUUUUUCUUAUAUUUGUUUUAAUAAUUUGAAAAAAAUCCUUGCGUUACGCGCUAACCUAAAAAUAUACAGCCGUUUCCUUGCCCUCA